AUGGCUCGUCCAAUAGUUAUUUCUGGCCCCUCUGGCACGGGUAAAUCUACACUCUUGAAAAGGCUGUUUGCUGAAUUUCCAAGUAAAUAUGGAUUUUCUGUUUCAAACACCACGAGAAGUCCUCGUCCUGGUGAAGAGAACGGAGUUCAUUACAACUUUUGUUCUGUUGACGAGUUUGAGUCUCUGAUCAAGGAAAACGCCUUCAUAGAAUGGGCCAAGUUUUCCGGGAACUACUAUGGAACUACGAUUAAGGCUGUGGAUGAUGUUUCACGCAAAUUGGGAAAGACUUGCAUUUUGGAUAUUGAUAUGCAAGGUGUCAAGAGUGUAAAGAACACCAACUUGAAUGCCCGUUUUCUGUUCCUAGCUCCUCCUUCCAUUGAAGAAUUGCAAAAGCGUUUGGUAAGUAGAGGCACUGAGACAGAAGAGAGUAUUCGCAAAAGAUUAGACGCUGCCAAAGCUGAGUUAGAAUAUGCUGAGACGGGAGCUCAUGACAAAGUUAUUGUCAACGACGACCUGGAGAAAGCAUAUCAAGAGUUGAGGGCAUUUGUUCUAGAAGAGUAA